CAACAGUCGGGCGAGGGCCCUGCACCCGCUCCCGUCCAGAGGAGUCCGCUCAAGUCACACACACACCAACCCCGUCUCACCCGCACUCCCGCAGCGCCUUCCUUCCACCGUCUCCAUCCGUUCCUUCCACGGUUGCUGUCACCUCGAAGCAAAGCAAGUCUCCUCCCCUAGCUCUUGCUUCCCCUCCACGGGGCUUGGUGCGCGCGCAGCGGGGGGAUCCGUCCUGAUUCCGCCCUGCUUCGGACUUGUAUAAAUUGAACAUGUCGUGCUUUGCAUGCUGUGGUGGUGAUGACACGCAAGGGGCACCUGAUAACAGAGGAUCAUACGCUAGUGGCUACCCAGCAAGGAAUGAUGCUUAUCGUACUGCUGAUCCAACUCCCAAAGGUGCUCAACCUGUGAAAGUUCAACCAAUUGCAGUCCCCACAAUUUCUGUAGAAGAAAUUAGGGAGGCAACUAAGGAUUUUGGUGAUGAAACUUUGAUUGGUGAGGGUUCUUUUGGUAGAGUGUACUUUGGUGCCCUAAAAAAUGGUAGAAGUGCAGCAGUAAAAAAGUUAGAUUCAAGCAAGCAACCAGACCAAGAGUUUUUGGCACAGGUCUCCAUGGUGUCAAGACUUAAGCAUGAAAAUGUUGUGGAGUUGCUUGGUUAUUGUGUUGAUGGAAACACCCGUAUCCUUGUUUAUGAGUUUGCUACGAUGGGCUCCCUUCAUGAUAUGCUUCAUGGACGGAAAGGUGUGAAGGGAGCUCAGCCUGGUCCGGUCUUGUCAUGGACACAAAGAGUAAAGAUUGCUGUUGGAGCAGCCAAAGGCCUAGAGUAUCUUCAUGAGAAAGCUCAGCCUCAUAUCAUACACAGGGAUAUCAAGUCCAGCAAUGUUCUUCUAUUUGAUGAUGAUGUAGCUAAAAUAGCUGAUUUUGAUUUGUCAAACCAAGCUCCAGAUAUGGCCGCUCGGCUUCACUCAACUAGGGUUCUUGGAACAUUUGGAUAUCAUGCACCUGAGUAUGCGAUGACUGGACAACUUAGCACUAAGAGCGAUGUGUACAGUUUUGGAGUUGUUCUUCUAGAGCUCCUGACUGGAAGAAAGCCUGUGGAUCAUACAUUACCAAGAGGACAGCAGAGCCUUGUGACAUGGGCCACUCCCCGACUUAGUGAAGACAAGGUUAGGCAGUGUGUUGAUUCAAGACUUGGAAGUGAAUAUCCUCCUAAAGCCGUUGCAAAGUUUGCGGCUGUUGCUGCAUUGUGCGUGCAAUAUGAAGCAGAUUUUAGACCGAAUAUGAGCAUAGUCGUGAAGGCACUCCAACCCCUGCUGAAUGCACGAUCAUCCAACCCUGGCGAACAUAGAUCUUAAAUCUUUCACCCUGCGAAGUUGCUUUGUCGAGUGGUGUCUGAGAGGCUUGCUGGCUGUAUGUAGAUCUGUGUCUAUUCAACCCUAGUUGUAAUCUAUCUCCUGGCAUUGGUGAUUCUUUUGAUGUGAUGCAUGAUGACUGUUCUUGUUUGUGCCUGAUGCGAAUAUCUAACAAUUAUGUAGGGAUGAGAUGAGUAAUAAGGAAAAAACGCAUGGUGUUUGACUUGAUA